UGGACCCGGUGGUUUUGGUGGUGGUGGUGGUGGUGGUGGUGGUACGGUAGUGUUCGUAAUUUUUCAAAUUAUCGAUCUAGUAAUCAUUAUCGAAGAAAUCAUUACAAUCCAUAUAAUCCAUAUUAUUAUAAUUAUAAUUAUACUAAUCAAAAUCAGAAAAAAGAUUUACUAUUAUAUUUCAAUUUUAUAAUGGAUCGUGGUAACGCAUUCAGUUGUAUGAAAUAUACAUUGAUAUUAUGCAAUGUAUUUGGUUUUAUAUUGGCCAUAUUCAAUGCAUUAUUCGGUAUUGGUUAUCCACAAGAAAAAUGGCCAGGAGGAUAUACUGGUGGUCAGAUGGCCAUAUUUUCAUUAUUUGUGAUGGCAUUUACGACAAUCGGUUAUUGUGGUGCACAACACCAUAAAGGAUAUCUAUUGAUUGUAUAUGGCAUAAUAAUAUUCUUCUUGUUAAUUGGAUUGGUGGCCAUUUGUUUCAUUUACAAUGAUUCAUUAGCAGAAUUAAUGUACAAUGGAUAUAUGAUUACCUUUGCCGUAGUGAUCUUUUUUCUCAUGUUAUUUGCCUUUUUCAUUUCAUAUAAAAUAAGUGAACAUGGUUCAAGUAAAUAUUUGUCAACAAUUAUACCGACCACUCAACAACAGCAAGCAGCAGCAGCAGCAGCAGCAGCGGCGGCAGCAGCAGCUGCUGUUGCUACCGCCCAACAACAACAAUCUCAACGUGGAUUAAGAGAUCAACAACAACAACAACAACAAUCACAACAACCACCAACAUCACAAUCACAGCAACCACCACCACCACCACCACCAGCAACUACGAUAACAUCCGGUAAUUGUAUGGCCAAUACUGGUGAUCAACGUACUAGACAUCCAUAUACAACAACAACGACAGGUGGUGGUGGUGGUGGUGUUGUUACCGGAAGUCAAACCGGCGCUGUCAGUGGUGGUGGUGGUGGUGGUGGUGUUGCUAGUACCGGCUCAACACAGCAACCAACCAAUCAAAGCGCUACCAAUCCAUGUCCAGUGCCAGGAUGUAAUUAUGGUAAAAUAAUUUCCAAUUAAUGAAAAACAAAAAACAAAAAAUAAGAAAAUCAACUCGGCUACAAUUACUACUCAAUUAAUUCGUACAAAUCGAUCAAUCAAUCAAUCAAUCAAUCAACCAACCAACCAACCAAAUCGAUUCGAAAAUUCAAAUAUAGAUACAAAGACAAACACGCACACACACGAUACAAUGAAUGAACCAAUUUCUUUGCUUUCGCUCUCUUUUUCUACACAAUUAUUUCCAUU